AUGAACAAAGCUGCUCAUUGGGAUCCACACAGGGACAUUCCUCCAGAUAUGCUUCAUUGCAUAUACUUAGGAGAAGUUGCAAUCCUAUUAAAAUGUAUGCUAGGCAACUGUACUGACCAGCAGAAGGAAAAUUUACAGCUAACGUUAAAUGCAGCUGACUGGAAGGGCUUUCAUCACAAAUGUGGAGAAAACUUUGUGAAAUAUCACAAAUCAAGCCAAGGGAAAGACUUCAGGUCAUUUGUACAACUUGCACCCUUUACAGUUCAUCACGCAGGAUUUAGUAAAGAAAUAGUAAAACUUUGGUGUCUAUUGUCUGAGAUUGUUCAGUUGAGUAACAAAAUGAAAUUGCUGGAAUCGGAACUCACUAGGCUGGGUGAUCUGCAGUACCAAUUUAAUGAAAACAUUUACAAGCAGUUUCCAGAAACAUUGAAAAAACAGAAAAUACACCAUAAUCUCCAUACUGAGCAACAAAUCAGACUUCAUGGGGUCCCUAUAGGUUAUACUACUGAGACAGGGGAAAGCUGGUGUGGUAUAGUCAAACAUUUUCAGAGCAUUACAAACCACCACAAUGCCAACAAAGACACAGCUUUGAAGUUAGCUCAUGUUGAGGAAGUUUGCCAUAUCAUUGACAGUGGGACAUGGUUUUCAAAUGGGAAAAGAGUUCAACCUGCACAACAGACAAUUGAAGAGAUAAAUCAUCCACGGAUUCAAACUUUUGUAAUGGGAAAUAGGACACAGAAAGAAGAUGAACAAAUUAUAGGAGUGAAAAGAAAUGUAGGAGACGAAAUCAGAAACAUGAAAAGGAAGGAUGGAAGUAAAUUAAACAUUGGAGAAAUUGUUUAUUUAAAAUUAGAUGACCAUAUUAAUUAUGCAAUAAAUGAUGCUACAUUAAGGCAGACUUCAAAGAAUCUAUACAUUCAGCCAUAG